AUGGCUGAGCUACGCGCCAGCCAGCGUGUGCCAUUACGCUGUACAGAAUGUGCCCGGCGUCGAGUCAAGUGUGAUAAGAAGGUCCCCUGCGGCAGAUGCACCGCGAACCGCUGCGCCCACCUCUGCGUCCGCGAAAUUGUUCGGGAUGCCAAUGCAUCGCUGGCCCGGCAGAACUCGAGGUUGCAGGAGCGGGUGGCCGAGCUCGAGCUGGCCCUGACGAAGAGCUUCCGGGGCCGAGUUGGAGCGCGACCGUUACAAAUACGUGACGCUACCGCCAGCAAAGAUAAGCGGGCAGCGACUGAGGCUCAUCAGGUCAGUCCCUUUGGGGAGGUCGGAGCCAUCCUGGACGAGUGGAAUCUCGGUCUGUUCAAGGAUUCGGAAUUGGGAGAUCCAACUUCGGAAAAAGACAUGCACUUCCUUGUCGAGACGCUGAAGUCCGUCCCUGGUAAGCUGACAAGCACCCGGAUAGUCGAGUUCUCCUUGCAGAUGUUGGGAUGGAUCCACUGUGCGCUCCGUGCAGAUCAGUUUCUCGCCGAGCACGAGGCUUUCCAAAAUGCACUAAUAGCCGGCACGUUUGAGGUUCUUCAGGAUCACAAGUGGAUGGCUAUCUACUUCAGCGUCCUGGCAUCGGGACUGUUCUUCAUGGGUCACGAGGAUACGUUGUCUCUGGAUCUACCGUUGGUCGAGCAGAGCCCGUAUCCUUUCUCAGUAUGCCACCACUGGUAUCGUGCGGCUCUCCAGCACCUCGAAUAUUCGGAUGCCAUGGGCAAACCGCGGCUGCAUGUGGUGCAGGUUGCUGCCAUUCUGACGCUGUGUCAUUCUCAUUUUGGGCAAAGAUACCGGGACAUUAACCUAUCGAGUCUUGCUCACAAUACCGCCCGUGCCUUACAGAUGCAUCGCCUCGGUUCCGAAUCCUCAUAUCCUAAAAGCUUGGAGCGUAUCCCAGAGUGGUCGGAACAGACGGGUAGGGAGCUUGGGCGUCGGCUGUGGUGGACAUUGGUCAUAUGCGACUGGUAA